AUUCAGUCACAGAUUCUCUACCGUUUCAAUAGCUUCGAAAAUAUUUGCUAAAAUUCUUACAAAAAUAUAUUUUUUCAACGAUAUAUGUAAAAAUGGCGCCCGUUCGUGGAAGGUUUACACUUGUCGAUAGGGAAACUGGUCGCUUGGUUUCAAGAUCAGUUCCUGGAACUUCAUGUGACUCCGCUAGUCCUGUUGAUAUUAAUACCAUUAAAUCUUUGGAUCAAGAGUCGGAUAAAAGCUCACCAAAACAGGAAUCAACUACAAAUGCAAGGGGAGGCCAGAUGAUGGAUAAUCUUCGUACUAACCAGACUGAUGUAAUGCAAAAUAUGGAAAAGAAACCAGUUAAACAGACCAUUCCCAUGGUGCAUAAGAAGUCCAAUAACAUUAAAAAUUCCCCGGUCUCAACUUCAUGGUCAGCAAGAAUGGCCAAGAAGCAGCGCCAAAGUGAUACUGCAAAUGCCAUGGCUAAGGCUAAGGCUAAGGCUAAGAAUAAAUUUUUUAGGGGCACAAAGAAGAUUUCAUCUAUGAAGAUAAAGAAGGCAAAGAAAUCGAGCCUGGAAAAACUACCAAAAAAGAAACAAUCUGCAUAUAUCCUCGAACAGAUUAACAGUGAUGAUGCUCUGAUAGAUAAAUCCAUCAUUCAACAGAAAAAGAGUUGUGUGGGACUAAGCAGUUCCUUCCAAUUGCUUAAAAAGCUCUAAAAAGUGUUUAGUUUAUUAUACUUGUUCAUUUAAUUGCAAGCAAUAGAUAAAAUUUACUUUGUA